AUGGAGGUCUCGAUGGACACAAGUCCAGCCGCCCUUUCUCCCCUCCCCCAGUCACAAUCACAAUCGCAACAGCCAUCAUCAACAGCGACAUCUACAGCAUCCUAUCCUGCAUCUCCGACCACCUCCAGGAAACGUUCGGUCCAAGAUAUCGACGCACAGACGGCGUCAGCGACCGCGACUUCUAACCCCGCCGAUAAAAGAAGAUCCCCAACAUAUACCGACAAAGAAAACCAGGAGAAUGCUGAUCCCUCGAUACAAAGUUCUACACGUGUAUCUCCUGUCUUGGAGAUGAGCCACGUAUUAAUUGUAGGUGGGGGCGCGAAGCCCAAUGAUGAGGUCCCGGUACGGAAUACGAAGGAGGCUACGCUGGGGGGAUCAGUUCCCAGUCCAGGAUCAACCCAUUUGUCGACGGAUGCGGGCACGGAUACCCCUGCCACUAAGAAGAGGAAGCUCUCUCCUGCGAGUAAGGAGGCUAGGCAACAGGAGAAAGAAGCUAAGCAGCAGGAAAAGGAGGUCAAGGAACGUCAAAGAUUAGAAGAAAAGGCAAAGAAAGAAGAGGAGAAGAGAGUGAAGGAAGAGGAGAAGAAAAAACGGGACGCAGAGCGAGAGGAAGAACGUAAGCGGAAGGAGGAGAAAAAGAAGGCGAAGGAGGAGGAGAAGGCCGUGAAAGAAGAGGAAAAAAGGAAAAAGGAGGCAGCCAAAGAGGAGGAGAAGCGAAAAAAGGAGGAAGAGAAAUUGAAGAAGGAGAGAGCUCAACCUAAGCUGAACGCCUUCUUCGCGAAACCAAAGCCUCCUAUGCAGCCCUCAAGCUCAGCGCUUACUGCGUCGCCCAAGAAGUCGUCUGGGGGCGAUGGCAGCACAAAUGAACCCGCUCAUGAAGCGGGCACUGUGUCAGAUUAUCAACGAGCAUUUCCUGAAUUCUUCCUACAGUCUCAUACUAAAGUCGCCCCACCACAUAUGUUUCAACGUGAUUCAGAGGCCCUUCGACAAAUGAGAGGGAAGCUUGAUGCGUCCAUGAAGUCGUCUAAUAGCUCGGAAGAGGCUCUUGUAUUUCGGCCCUCGGAAAUUUUCAACUUGAUGCCAUACAAGCGACGGCGGGGAAGACUACCUGCUUCUGUCAGGGAAAUCCUCCAACAGAUGCAAAGCCUGAAUGAUCAAGCAGGGACGUCGGAGGCUGUUCAGCGACAACAGGGCCUUCUGAAAGAGGUCCGAAUGAAAUCUCUUAAGUUUGGUGAAGAUGUCCGACCCCCCUAUCAAGGAACGUACUCUAAGCCCCUGUCCGAAUCGUCGGCCAAUAAGAUGAUGCGGAACCCCUUCCACCGCGGCUUACCAGAGACGAAUUACGACUAUGACUCCGAGGCUGAAUGGGAGGAGCCGGAAGAAGGCGAGGAACUCGACUCGGAGGAGGAGGAAGAAAUGAGCGAAGACGGCGAGGAUGACAUGGAUGGCUUCUUGGACGACGAGGACGACCAAUUGGUUGAUGGGAAGAGACGUCUUAUCGUUGGCGAUCUAGAACCCGUCUGCACUGGCAUUCAAUGGCACGAUCAGGGUAUGAAACCAGAGUUCAAGGCAUACAGGGUCGAGACCAUAUCAGAUGCAGUGUCGUUACCUAUUGACCCAUUCUCAACAGCGUAUUGGCAAAAACCUAAGACAUCGGAGCCAGCUCAGACCAGUGGUGCGGGACGGCCAUCGCUUCACUCUUUCCUGGGUAACCCAUUUCCAGGGAGUGCGUCGACGCAGGACGGCAGCGCACUGCCACUGUUGGGGCCCGGGAAAUCCAAGCGACCCUUUCCAUCGGAAUUGCUGGCGGAGUUCAAGCAAGUUGUGGACGGAAGCGAUCUAUCGAAGUUAGGGUUGAUUGAAAUUCUGAAGAAAAGGUUUCCGAAGGUUUCCAAGGAUGCUUUGAAAGACACAUUGAACAGCGUGGCUACUCGGGUGGGACAGAAAGAGGCUGAGAAGAAAUGGGUUUGCAAAUAG